AUGCUGCAUCAUCAACAUCAGCAACAACAGUCUGAAGCGGUUGAUCGAGGGCUGCGAGAGCUGAGUGCUGCCAUCGUACGGGUCGAGACAAAGCUUAGCUUGGAUAGUUCAGAGGCCAGCCAACUAAGGGAAGCCUUAAGAAUGCUGCGAUCUGAAAAGGAAGCCUAUGUGCGGGAGAAGACCUCUACUGCCGCUCGAAUGGAAGCGGUCUCCCGAGAAUACGACAUCUUGAAUCGUAGAGUGGCGGUGGCGGAGGCUGAGCUCGGCCGGCGCAGCGGGCGGUUGAGGAAGGCAGAAGUUGAUCGUGAGAAAACACAGGCAACGCUUUCUGUCAGAGCGCAACAGCUAGCCACGGGCUUUGGCAUGGAAAAGGAAAAGUUUUCUAGAGAGAUGCAGUCCGCCGAGGCCCAACAGGGGACGGGAGGGCCGGCAGCGGUAGCGGCAGAAAAGCACAAGAUUGACCGCGGCUAUCGUGAGCGACUUCGCGUUCUGUCCGACGGGCUAGCGUCUACGCAACUGCAGCUCGCGACUCUCAAGUCCAACAGGAGCAAGCUCGCAGCGCUCGAAGUCGAGGCUAGGAAAGAUUUAACGACGCAAGUGGCUCGUCUCGAAGCCCAACUGAAGCGAGCAGGAGACGGCAUUGAGAAGGAGAAGACGGACAUGGAGAAGCUCCUGUUGAACCUAUCAAACGCGCUCUCGGGCGUAGACUUUCAGCUCACGCAGUCGGCGGGAAUGACUCCGAGUCGCGAAACCAGCCGAGCGCUAAGACGGGCAAAGGAGGACUUCCGCCUGAACCAGCGCAGAGUCAAGCUCCAUCUGGAGAAACAGAGGCAGCGAUAUGAUGCCACCUCAAGCGUCGUAGAAGAAGAAGCUCAGAGGCUGAAGAGCAAAACGAACGAGCUCGUCUCGCUUAGAGCCGAAGUGAUCGAGCGGGAAGGCAAGGAGAAAGACCUCAAGUCAAACGUCGCAGUUCUGGGCAAAAGAGUUUCUUCCCUCGACCAUGAUCUCUGGAAAAAUCGAUCGGCCCUCGCUCACGAGCAGCGUCUACGACACGAGGCCCAGGCGGCCCUAGUGAAAUCCGAGGAGGAAUGGGAGAAACAGACCAAGAGCCUGUGGAGCGAGCUGAGAGCAACGCGUGACGCCGCCACGAGCACCAGGCAGGUGUACGAAGGGACAGUCAAGCAGAGGGACGACUGGCGAAAGGCCAUCGAAGAGGGAAAAAGAGCCAAAAUAGAGGCCGCCGAACGGUACGUGGGGAGGAAUUGA